AUGAGUGUUGAUGCUGUAUAUAACGAGGGACGAUUCCCUGUCCCACCGAAGUUUGACUUCAGGAAUUUGCCUUUGAGAUCGAGAAAAGUAACUGUCAUAUCGUUCAUCGGGGAAUAUGACAUAUUCCGUGAUAAAUCUCAAUUCUCUAAUAUAUCUAGUUAUACUGGACGAGAAAUCCCACUAUUGGACCUCCCUAGGAAUUACAUCGAAGGGUAUUAUGAUUGUGAAAACCAAAUUAUAUUUUUGACCUUUAAUAAUUUGGAAAUGGAGUUGCUGUUCAAGGGGUGUGAUAAAGACCAUGAAAUAUGGGAAAAAUCUCUUAAGCGCUAUGAUUACACACUUUUGAAGGUUCUGUACUUUCUGUUCGUCGUAUCACAUUUCAUCGUCAUUACAUCUAUAGGAACAAAUAUAAACCCCGAUUUCAUUCGUAUUUUUAAGCUGUUGGACAAAAUGAGAUUACUUAUGAGGCAUCCUAUUGAUAUUUAUACUCGUGACCUUCCGUUACCUCGAGACUGGUUAAACAAUGGACGCGCUUCUAUUCCGAGGCUUCUAUUUGUCUUUAAAAUGAUGCCAGCCCAAGCAAAGAUGAUAAAAAAUUGGAAGCUUGUCAGGCAGUUGGAACAGAAUAUCGUCACUCAAAUAUUCAAUACAUUUUAUGAAACUGGUCUUGUUAGCAAUAUUUCAACGAAUCAAUUAAUAAUGCUUCCAGGACAUAAUUUUGUACACGUUCUGUUAGAAAAUGAAGAAUCAAAGGAAGGGUCUAAACAACGUACAUCUUGCGAAGAUAUUUCUCAGGAAUAUUUCGAAUUUAUUCUUAAAAAUAUCAAUCACAUUUCGGACAUGUCUACUGACAAAAUUCCUAAUCUUUUUGGUUCUUAUACAUUCUUAUCGACUGAUUCGAAUGAUUCUGUUCGUUCAACUUCGCCACCAUCUCCACGGAAUUUUCCAGCACCUGACCAACCAGCCCAGCACAAUCUAUCUUCUUUUCUUCAUUUACAUGUUGAAAGCAUGAUUGAUCAAGCAUCUAAUAAAAAUUCUUCUUUUGGUCAAGCAACAGUUGCAUAUGAAUUGCCAACAUGCAAAUCUUGGUUUAUGGCAUGCUAUAGAAUAUAUACAAGUUUAAUAUCAGACGAACACUUAAACACAGUACCAACUCCCGAAAUGACUACCAAUCAAAAUGAUUCAUCCUCGCGUAUUGGAAGUGGAGGAGCAGUAGUUAGUUUAUCACAAUCAUGGCAUAAUGCAUUAAUCUCUAUCCUCUGUCCUACACUUCACACGUCCACAUUAUCCAUAGCUCAAAAACAAACAUCACAAAAAUCUGUUACGCAAGAAGAAGAAGAAGUUUUACUCACCUCAGAUUACAAUAAUCCAUGGUCUACUAUAGAUCCAAUUAAUCGUUUAUCUACUAUUCGUUAUCGACCUGCUACAUCUGCUGCUGAAAAUCACUAUAAACAAGAUUUACCUGUUCAUUAUUCAUGUACAUAUCAUAUAAUCAAGGUUAUUUCCGCUUAUAAUGUAGCGAUUGGUUUAGCUCGUGGUCAUUCAGUAUUUCGUCUUUUAGAGAAACUAUCAAAUCGGUUAACUCAUCUUUAUCUAGCUGGACGUGUAACAUGUUCCACUAUAUCAUUAUCAGGUCAACCAUGUCAAUAUGAACUGCAUCGCGUACCAGAUGAUUGCAAUACUCUGAAGGUUAUUUUGUCAACUAUAGAUAAUAAGAUUAAUAAAGAUUAUACUGCUUUUAAUUCUGAUGUAAAUUUACUAUCCCAAAAUCACUAUCAACCACAUUCUAGUAUAAAUAAAUUACAUAGAACUGAUUUAACACUUAAAGAUGAAUAUAUUAUUCCUUUUGGACUCAGUGGUAAAUGGAAACGGUAUUGGAUAGAAUGCGCCAUUAAAGGUUUCACCAAUAACAAUAAUAGUAAUCUAUCAUAUCUGAAAUUGUUAAAUGAGAAACAAACAAACGAUACUUUAAAUUCGGAUAAUCCAGAUCAACAUUUAGCUGUUAUGCCACAUCGGUCUGAUGUAAUAAUGAUAAGUUCAUGCGGUUGUGGUCGUCAACAAGCUGAAAGAUCAGAUCCAUUUGAUUAUAAAGAAGCUAAUUGGCGAUUUUAUCAUAUAUUAUCUAAUAUUUGUUGUAAUAAGUUAACGAAUAUUCCAUUAUCACCACAAAUUUUGUCUGAUCCACGUCAUACUUUUUGUCUGCCGAAUGAAAAUCAUGUUGUAACGUCAUCACCAAGUCAUCGAACUAACACGAAAGUAUUCAAUGAAAAAGCAGUAUGCAUUCUAACAAAACCCAAAAAGGAUACAGAAUCAUCACCAUCCCCCCCACCUCCAUCAUCUCUUGUAAGUCGAGCUCAAAAGUUAACAAAAAAUCAUUCAACGAAUAAUAAUGAUGAAGCAGAUACCGAUGCAGAUGUCGAUCUUUCACAGCCUGAAGAUAAUGACAUAUUAUUAUUAUCAGCCGAUUCUGAUCAUUCAAAUUCAAGUGAAAUGAUGAAUAGAAAGUCGACCGAUGAUGGAUCAGAUGAUUCGAGAAAUGACAAAUACAUUGAUACUGUCAAUGAUUUAUCUGGAAGCUGUUCAUCACCGAAUCCAUCUGAACUAUCCAACACAUCAGAUUCAAUUGUUCCUUUACAAAAUGAUCUAGUACAACAAACAGCUGAAAUUAAAAAUAAUGAAUAUGCUGGUGUACCUGCUCACCAUUCACCAUCUUCACAAUCAAAAAUAAAUGUAUCAAAUUCUGGCAGAGUUGAUAAUAUUCAUUCAAGUGAUUCAAUGCCUUUAUAUCCUGCUGUAUUUCGUGAUGGUGUACCGAAUACUAAUUGGUUUGUUGGUGAUUUACCACUUUACCCCUCAUGGUCUAUCUAUGCACUUGGGAAAUAUUUCAGUUAUUCUCAUUCUUCCGGACUACCUUGCCGAGGAUUUAUGCGUAACAGUAAUUUCUUACUUCCAUGGGAUGUAUCCUUAAUGAAUAAUAAUAAUUCUCGCAAUGGUUCGGAGCGUGGACGUUUUAGUAAGUCCGCAAGAGGAAGAUAUCGAGGAGGUAGAACAGAAUCAGAUACAGUGAAAUUAUUUAUUGGUUUUGAAAUGGAAUGUCCAAUGGGUCAUCGAUUCUUUAUCACUGGCACUGACCGAAUUAUGGAUGGCCCAAUGCAAAGCAGCCAAGUUCGACGAGCCGUUCACUCAUUGUUAACACGUGAUCUACCUAUUUUCAUGCCAUGCCAAUGUCAUCACCCAACCUCACAUGUAUUGCUCAGUAAUACACGUCAUUCCACUAAUCCUACUAGUGAAUGGGAUGUAGGUGGUAAUACUAGUACAAUGAAAUCAUCUAAUUAUACAAAAAAUUCAACUGUCAUGGCACAGUUAUCACGAAUAUAUUUAGCUAUACCAGCUGCUCCUAUUCAAGUUCGUUUUCAACCAUGUAUACGACCGGGACCAACAAAACUUACUCCAAUCUUUCACCUAGGACAUACAUUAGAUCAAUGCUGUGAUAAAAAAUUGGAUAGUGUAAUAGAUUCAGAUUAUGAUCAAAGUCAUCCACUUGAUGAUGAUAGUUAUUUUUAUGAAGAUCGUAUAAAAUCUAGCACAAAUUUACAUUCGGAUACCGUUCGUAGUGAGAAAUAUCAAUCACCAGGUUAUGUUACAUUAGACAAUGGAUAUUUGUGGGUUAUCCGGUUACCUCUCGCCUAUCAUGAUGGAACGAAACUCUAUCCGAAACCAUUGUAUCCAAGUGAUUGCAAUGAGUGGAAAUUAUUAAAAGGAUGUAUAAAACUUGUAGCAUAA